AAAAAGUAAUUUACCCUAUAUAUAUAUAAGCAUGAUUUAUGCCAAACAAUUCUUCAUUAUAUUAACCAUUUUGUGUUAUGUUCAUUUGGAGAGAUAGAUGGAGAAACUUCUUUAUGAAGCAUCACUAGAAGGAAACAUAAACAUCUUGCUAAUGUUGCUCCAAGAAGAUCCAUUGAUUCUUGAUAGAGUUACCAUAGACCGCCAUGGUGACACGCCUCUACACAUUGCAUCCAUGCUCGGACAUGUGGAUUUUGUGAACGAGGUUAUAACCCGAAAGCCCCACCUUGCUAUGGAACGUGAUUCACAAAAACGUGUGCCUCUUCAUAUAGCAUCCGCUAAAGGCCAUGUAGAAAUAGUUAAACUGCUGCUAUCGGCUAACCCUGAGACUUGCCUUGCGCGUGACCGUGAUGGGGGAAACCCUGUUCAUCUUGCAGCCGUUAAAGGACACCGUGAAGUCGUUAAAGAGCUGGUGCAAGCUCAACCUCAUGCAGCUAGAGCCAUGGUACAACAAGACACCAUCUUGCACUUGUGUGUGAAACACAACCAACCGGAGGUUUUGAAGCUUUUAGUAGAGACUAUGGAUGAUCAUGAGUUUAUAAACACUAAAGAUGCUGAUGGCAAUACCAUACUACACCUAGCUGUUGCUGACAAACAAGUUCAGACCAUAAACUUCUUGCUACUCAACACAACAAUAGAAGUGAAUGUAACAAACACGAAUGGCGAAACUUCUAUGGAUAUACUGGCCCAACUUCACAGAGAUUUGUUCUAUCAACAAAUCAUGCAGUCGUUAACAAGAGCAGGAGCGGUCGAGGCAAAUACACGAGGUUCUCGUAGACAAGUCCCAAGAGCUUCAAGAACCAACACGGGUUUUGACAGAAUACUAGAGUAUCAUACAAAACCGACAUCUCUCAUUUAUUUAAAAGAAGAACAACCAGAAAAAGAAGACUGGCUUAACAGAAAGCGAAGUUCUUUGAUGGUCGUGGCAUCAUUGAUCGCGACGAUGGCCUUUCAAGCAGGUACUAAUCCUCCGAGUGGCGUUUGGCAAGACGACGAUUCAAGCCAUCAGGCUGGAUUUGCUAUCAUGGCAUACAAACAUGUAACUUUAUACCACAUCUUUCUGGUUUGCAACACUGUGGACUUUGUUUCGACUUUUAGCAUUAUCUUGUUGCUUAUUAGUGGACUACCCUUUUUGAAGCAUAAGGUUUUCUUGUGGAUUCUAAUGGUUAUUAUGUGGAUUGCUACAACUUCUAUGUCUAUCACUUAUUUGGUUUCUAUAUUGGUUACAAAACCAACACCCCAGUCAAAGACAUUCAAGCAAGUUGCAGGAGGUAUUGUGCUAGUAUGGAUAGGGUUGAUGACUCUUCUGGUUGUCGGACACACCAUUCGGCUAAUCGCAGUCGCUACUAGGAAGUUUCAAAAUCUAGUGCUGCCUAGAAAGAGGACCAUCAUAAGUCCAGUUGGCAACUGGGCAUAAACCAUGCUGAAAUUUAUUAAGUUGAACAUUUAGCAUGUCUCAUGUGUUUAUUACACAUACUAUGUGUGUACAUAUAAUAUGUAGUAAAAACCAAUAAAGUACUAAAUAUUUGAGAAUGCUAGUUACUUUCACAUGUUAAAAGAAA